AUAAAUCCGAUUUUUUUAAUUUAUCUAAAAGACCAUUUGACGAUGCUAUGGUGCACCUCAACUCAAUGUAAUGACUAUAGCGUUUCUUGUUGCAGACAACAGGUAAAUGUAGGCAGCUGCCCACAUUGAGUCUCACUUUCCAGGCGAGGUUUGGUGUUACACUCAAACAAUUCCGAGUAUUCAUCUGAGUGUGGAGAAUCAGAGCUCCUCUGGUGUCAACUACAGAAGAAUGUUGCGUCGCCCCAAGCCAACUGACUCGGAAACAGACCUUCUGAGGGAGCAACAGAAGUUCCUGAGCUCAGGUGCACCGUCUGCUGCAAAUGUGAUUCGUCGUCCUGACAAGAGGAGAGGGGAGGCUGGUGUCAGUGGAGGGACAGAAGGAGAACGAGGACAACUCAGAGAGAACAGGGCAUGUGAGAGGGAUGUGGUCACCAUAGACGAUCUUCCAGACCAGCUCCCUUCUUUGACUCCUGCUCCCCCAAAGAAGUCUCGUUUUAAAGCCAGUCGUGUCACGUUUGAAGAUGAAGAUGCUGAGGAGAGACUGGACAGACACGACACUCACAUCAGUGCUGUUCUGUCGCGCAUUGUUGAGAGAGACACCAGUUCAACCCCUGUGUCCAUACCAGUGUUUACAAACCUGGCUUUCCCCAAAGUUUUUCACCGCUCUGAAAAUGGCCCUCAGGCAUCAGUGUCUACAUCUGAAGGAAAGAAAAGCAUCUUUGCUCGUCAGAUUGCUGCUCAGAGACUUAAGGAGGAAAAGACUGCCCAGCCGAGUGGUCCCACAGAGAAGACCCCUCUGUCUGAAAACAGAAUGGAGACGGAUCACUGUGAUGUGACAGGUGAUCGACUGCCUCUGGCGUCCGGUCCCAGGUUAGUGUCCGGUCAGGGUCUCGGAGGUCCAGACAGCUCAGGAGAGAUCAUGAAAAUCCACAUGGAAAACCAGGCCAGACUCCAGGCGAUGUCUCAGUCUGACAUCCUGGAAGAGCAGAACAAACUCUCAUCACAGCUGGAUCCAAGACUGGUGGAGUUUAUCAGAUCUCGCAAAAUCCAGAGCGUCUCGUCUUCAACGUGUUCAUCCAAACCGUCAGAGAAGACAGGUGACAAGGACACGCCUGGCUCCAGGACCACUGUUACAUUAUCACGUAACUCUGAAGAGAUGGACAUGGAUGGAGUGGAACGGGAGGAGGAGGAGAGGAAGGAAGUGACAUCAUCUAUUGCAGAGGACAACCUUCCAGUGAAGCCUCAAAAAGACUGGGUCCACAUGGAUAAGCUGGAGCCCGAGAAGCUGGAGUGGAUGAGAGAUUUGCCUCCACCCAGAAGAAAAGGAACUAAGGAGGCCAUGCAGGCUCGGUUUGACUUCACUGGCAGGUUGAUCCAACCCUCGGAAGAUCUGCCCACUCACCUGGGUCUGCACCAUCAUGGAGAAGAGCCAGAGCGGGCAGGUUACUCUCUGCAGGAGCUCUUCUUGUUGUCUAGGAGUCAGCUCAUCCAGCAGAGGAGUCUGGCCCUCAGCACUUUAGCCAACAUCCUCUCAAAGGCACGUGCUGGAGAAUACCAGCCAGUGCUGAAGGGCAGUGUGACGUCCACUCUGCUGGACGCCGGUCUGAUCUUCCUGCUUCGCUUUGCAAUGGACGAUAGCGUGGAGGGAGUGAUGUCCUCGGCCGUGCACACACUCAAAGCUCUGCUGGUGUGUCCAGAGGAUGAAGAGUGUUUGGACUGCACCUUCUCCUGGUUCCACGGUCUGGCCUCUUUUCCUCUGCUGCCGUUCGCUCAGGAUGAAGAAGACGAGGAGGAUGAAGGCCUGGAGGAGAGUCUGAAGGAGACGGUCAAAGAGAAAGAAGAGAGGAAGAGUGAUCAUGAUGUGGCCCAGCAGGAUGUGGUCAAAGGUAUUUUGAAAAUGAAGCUGCUCCCCAGGCUACGUUACAUCCUUGAGGUCAUGCGACCGUCUCCUCGAGUGGUCCUGGACAUCCUGAACAUCCUGACUCGUAUCGCCAGACAUUCAUCUUCAUCUGCCACGCAGGUGUUGGACUGUCCUCGUCUCAUGGAGACAGUGAUGUCAGAAUUUCUCCCCACCUCUUGGACGCCAUCAGCUUCUUCCCUCCCUCAGUCCGUUUAUGGACUCCCACAGGCCGGGGCCAUGAAGCUGCUGAGAGUUUUGGCUUCUUCUGGCAGACACGCCUGUGCCCGACUGUUAAACUCUCUCAAAGUGCGGGAGCGUUUGUCUUGCCUGCUGAGUGCUGAGCUCAGUGAGCUGCUGCUGGAGCCCACAGAGGCUCUGAGGCUCAGCACCGAGGCCUACAGGAUGUGGGCUGUAGCCGCAGGCUACGGACAGGCCUGUAACUUAUACAUAGACCUGUACCCGGCCUUAGUGACCUCGCUGCAGACCGUGCCCCGGGUGCUGGACCCCUCAGAUCACCUGCUGCCGCUGCAGCUCCAACGUGUUCUGGCUCUGCUGUCGUUACUCACACAGGUUACACAUACUGCAGGGAACCACCAGGAGCUCCAGGCUGACAUGGUCAGCUCUCAGGCAGAAGAGCGCCCCCCUCCUCCAUCAGUGUCCUGGGGUCAUGUCACAGGGUUGUACCCGUCCUUGCUGGGUCAUUUGAAAGGCUUGUUGAAGAACCUUGAUCAUCCCGUUCAGAAAGACAGCAGCCUUACUCUUAUACCAGCUUACCUCAUCUACCUGGAUGCCUACUAUCACCAUCUCUCCAGACAGAAUUGCUUCAAACCCGUGGAGACGCUCCAGGACCUGGAGCAGCUAACAUCUGACGUUCUCCUCCCACUGUUUUCUCACCGUGUCGUACAAGACCUGAUGAGAAACCUCAGGUCGUGCUCUGUUGUGUGUGCUGUCAAGUCCGGUCAUCACGGCUCAGAAACCAUUUCGAGCCUCCCUGGUUUGGCCUGUGCAGGUUGGAGGGAUGGUCCAGGCCUGGUUGUUCCCAGCUCUCCCUUCCCUCUCCUCACAGGCCUGGGUCUCCUCCUGAAGACCAUCACAGGCCUCCACAAGGGUCUCAGCAAGAAGUUCAGUGGCGUCCUCCUGUCAGAACCUGUGAUUGGAUACCUGUGUUGUUGCAGUGGAGCCACGCCCACACACUCCCACACCAGAGCCUGGCUCCUCAGACAUGAACACCAUCUGCUGUACCUGCUGCUGCAGCUGGCACACAGACUGGUUCCAAAUGACAAGGAGGUAGCCAAACAUGCAUCACUCUACCACCAGGUGGCGCUGCUUCUGCUGUCUUGGUUAUUACCAGGCAGUGAGUACAUGGCACACGAGCUGCUCUCCACCAUCAUCUUCAGCAAAGACUUUAUAUCUGAGGGCCACAGUGGAGGACCAGAGGCCCUUGAGCUGGGGGAGCUAAGGCUCCACGAACAAACCCACCACUCCUCCUCCUCCUCCUCCCUCCAGACCAUCGGUGCUCUCCUCAGAGAAGCCUGUGUCCAGCUGCCGUCCAUUCGGGGAUGUUACCUCACUCAUCUGGCCCAUUUACAGUCUUCUGUGCUGCUGACCAGAGACGCUUUCCUCGGCCGCAGCCCUUGGAUCAAAUCUCAUCUCCUCCCAGAGCUCGCCGGUCCAACGCUGCCGUCUGAUUGGCCUUUCCUGCCGCUGGUCAGCCUGUACGAGCGAACCGGGGUUUCCGGCGGCGGAGUGUUGGCGGUGGAGGAGCUUCCUCAGGGGGCGCUGCAGCUGGUGACCCACUGUCUGCAGUGGCUGCUGCUGCUGGAGGUCUGGAGAGAGGAGGCUCUCAAGGUGAUUUCCCCGGUGGCCAAGUUCGCCCGUCUCUCCUGUGUGUUUCUGUGCUCCAGUGACAUGUUUCUGGAGAGACCAGUUCAGAAACUCAUGUGGGGUCUGUUCAGACUGCUGACCAGGAAGUCCAGACUGGACUCUCUGGACCUGAACGUCCCGCCCCCAGGUUUAGCCUCCUUCCUGGACCUGUACGUCGCUCUUUUGACUCAGUAUGAAGCUGUGUCUUUUGGAGACUGGCUUUUUGGCUGCUGGGUCCUGUUGCCCUUACAGAGAAGAUACAGCGCCACCAUGCGGCUGGCGGUUUUUGGAGAACAUGUAGGCAUGCUCAGGUCGUUGGGGGUCUCCCUGGAGAAGUUGUCCGUCCCCAUCGAGCGCUUCACCUCUCCUCCCGAAGACUCCCUCCCCCUCCUCCGUCUUUACUUCCGCUCUUUGGUGAUGGGAACCCUGAAGCGCUGCUGGUGCCCCAUCCUGUACGUGGUCGCCGUGUGUCACGUCAACGCCUUCAUCUUCUCUCAGGAUGCUGCAGCGCAGGAGGUGGAAGCGGCUCGACACAACAUGCUGAGAAAAAUCUACUACCUGACUGAUGAGGAGCUGAAGAACCACGUGCUGCUCUUCCGUCUUCCUCAACAACACUCAGAGUUGGGUUUUGACAUGUACCAGCAGUUGCCCCCCAUUCGGGCCAAACGUUUGCAGAGCGUCCUGAAUCUGCAGAAUGGCAUUGACGACAAAGGAGACUGAGUGAAAGGGAGGCUCUUUAGACAAACAAAAAGAAAUUUGGGGAGUGAGGUCAUAAAUGGAGACUGCUCGAAGAUAAAGGCGUAGGACGGACGUGAAGUAAAGUGGACAUGAGUGUGAGGAGUAAAAACUGAACCCUGUGACCUCGGUUGCUACAAGGAAGAAAAGCAAACCUGAGGUUGCUGGCCCCAAUCAUGGAAAUUACUGAAGAUUAUGAUUUCCAAAGCAACGCUGUCUGGUGAUUGAGACGCCUGAUACAAUACAUAAUCACUGAGAAAAAGCAGGAUAAAUGUUUUCUCUUUAGUCACCAGCACUUUGUCUGCUGUGCGUUCAACCUUUUCUCAAAGUAAUCAUGUGAACAGAAGCUUGACAGCUUCACACGUGUCUGAAACCUUUUGAAUAAAGCACUUACUUUUGA